GUUCCAUUAUAGAACACAAACCAAUCAUAAUGCUAAGGUCCAAACUAACUUGGCAUUGAUCGGUGUAUAUGCUUGCCAAGGUCUUGUUAAUUUUUGAUCGUUUAGGGAUUAAACUAAUCUCAAGACCUUGGAAUUUAUAAGAAAAAAUCUAUAAAAACAAAAAAUAGAUAAACACAUACCCAUUAUAUAUAUAAAGGAAAACCAGCCUAAGGGCAAAGAUAAAAAUAAAAUAAAAACACAAAACAUGGGCAUGGGAAAAAUAAUGGUAGAAAGUUCUACUAAGAUUGCUUUAAUUCUCUUGGUUACUUUCACCAUUACUAUUCCAUGCCUUGAGGCUGGGAUUGCUGAGUUUGAUGAUUUUCUGAGAGCCCAAGCUGAAGAGGCCCAUAAACUUGCACUUGCUUCAUAUGUUCCAAUUCCUGGAGAUGUUGCACAUGACCUCAAUUUCCAUGUUCACUUAGCCUUGGAGGGUGCAAACGACACAAGGAGGGAAUUGAAGCAAAAACAUGCAGCAGGAGAAGCAUGUGAAGCAACCAAUCCAAUUGAUAGUUGUUGGAGGUGUCAAAAAGAUUGGGCUAAUGAUAGAUUUAAAUUGGCCAAAUGUAGUAAGGGCUUUGGUAGAAGGGCCACUGGUGGGCUUGGAGGCCCAAUUUAUGUGGUGACUGAUGAGUCUGAUAAUGACAUGCAAAACCCAAAACCUGGUACCCUUAGAUAUGGUGCUGUCCAAAAGGGUCCAUUGUGGAUUACUUUCCAACGUAGUAUGAUCAUUAGAUUGAACCAAGAAUUGUUGGUUUCUUCCGACAAGACUAUUGAUGGUCGUGGUGCUAAUGUUCAAAUUAGAGAUGGUGGUGGAAUCACUAUGCAAUUUGUUAACAAUGUUAUUAUCCAUGGCCUUCACAUUUCAAACAUUAAAUCUAAACCAGGUGCCAUGAUUAGAGACUCUUAUAACCAUGUUGGUCAAAGAACAAGAAGUGAUGGUGAUGCUCUUUCCAUUUUUGGUUCUUCUAACAUUUGGAUUGAUCAUGUUUCACUCUCUCAAUGUGAAGAUGGUCUUAUUGAUGUCAUCCAAGGUUCUACUGCCAUCACCAUCUCAAAUUGUCACAUGACAAAACAUAACGAUGUGAUGCUAUUUGGAGCUAGUGAUACAUACAAUGGAGAUAAACUUAUGCAAAUAACAGUUGCAUUCAACCACUUUGGUCAAGGAUUAAUUCAAAGAAUGCCUAGGUGUAGAUUUGGUUUUGUUCAUGUUGUAAACAAUGACUACACUCAUUGGCAAAUGUAUGCAAUUGGUGGUAGCUCAGGACCAACAAUUCUUAGUCAAGGAAAUAGAUUUAUUGCUCCAGACAACGAUGCUGCAAAGGAAAUUACACAUAGAGAUUAUGCAGAGCCAGAAGUUUGGAAGAAUUGGCAAUGGCAAUCAGAGAUGGACUUGUUCAUGAAUGGUGCUAAGUUUGUUACAUCAGGUUCACCUAUUAAUAAGGCUCCAUUCAAAAAAGGGUUCAUCAUGAAACCAAGAGAUGGAUCUCAUGUCAGUAGGCUAACAAGGCAUUCUGGUGCACUUAAUUGUGUAGUAGGAAAGCCUUGUUAGAAAUUUAAUAUUUGUCUUUAUAAUCACAUUAUUUUAUAUUAAAAAUUAUUAUAUAUAUACACACAAUUGCAAGUGUUAAGUCAUUGCUUUGGUUUAGAUGUCAAGAAAUAAAAGAGAAAGUUCUAACUUGUUUGUAAGUUAAUUUAUUUGGUCUGUUGCUUUUUUGAACUUGUGUGUGUGUAUUCAGAUACAUACAUGAAAGGCAAUUAGAUUAGGAUGAUAUGAUGUAUUUCAUAUUUGAUGGAUAUUAAAAAUAAGAUUGUUGGUUAUAUGUCACAAAAA